AUGCCCAUACCUGAUCAAAUAAUCUGGAAAACUAUUGCUGAUCGAUAUAAUGAACGAUGGAAUUUGCCAAACUGUGUUGGUAGCAUAGAUGGCAAGCAUAUACGAAUUAAGGCACCAGCAAAUUCAGGAUCGUCAUUUUUCAAUUACAAAGGGUACUUCUCAAUUGUUUUAAUGGCUACAGCAGACGCCGAUGGAAAGUUUAUCACUAUUGAUGUAGGAGAAUAUGGUCGGGACAGUGACGGAAGAGUUUUUAAAGAAUCUGCAUUUGGACAAUUAUUUAAAAAAAAACUCAAUCUACCUGAAAAUUCAUGUUUGCCACACGAAGAAAACGAUCCAGCAUUUCCCUAUUACUUCGUUGCAGACGAGGCAUUUCCACUACUCGACAACGUUAUGAUCCUACCAAGACGUUCACUGACAAAUAGAAAACGAAUUUUUAAUUACAGAUUAUCAAGAGGUCGUAAGUCAGUGGAGUGUGCUUUUGGAAUGAUGGCAUCUAAAUUUAAAAUAUUGGAAAGACCCAUCAAUUUUAAAACCGAAAAAAUUGAAAUUGUGGUAAAAGCUAUAUGCGUUUGGUAUAACUUUAUUCGCGUGCAUGAUGGUACAUAUUCAAUUCCACAAGAAAUUCAGCAAAAUAAUGUUGACAUAUUAUAUGAAGAUAUUGAGGAAAAUGUAGAAAACAAUAGAACGAGACCUUCUUACUCAUCGAUGGAAAUAAGGGAAAGACUUUGCCAGUAUUUUGUGAAACCAUACGCAGCAUUACCUUGGCAAAAUAAGUAUAUAAUUUAA